UUUAAUUAUGUUUAAAGUAGUAAUUGAAACAGUUAUCUAAAAUAAAAUUUAUCCGGACACGUCGGCUCUUUUGUCUUCCUCCGAACUACAAUCCAAGCUUUCAACAAGACACUUUUGCAAUUACUCGUAAAAUGAAAGAGAAAAUAAGAGAGAAGAGGAGACAUUUAUUCUUUUUAUUUUAUUCCAUAGAGCGUAUCUCCGAAUUGAAAUGUCGGACUAUUAAAAGAUAACACAUCCUAUAUAUUUAGCAAAUUUGUAGAAUAACGUGGCGCAUAAAGAAUUAAUGAGAUUUAGAAUAUGGACUCGAAGAAGUUUGGCGAGGUCGAUAUCAUCCAUAAAAGAUACUCUUUUAAUGAAUCGAUGCAUCCGUCGUCGACAUUAAAAAGAGCGAGCCCAGACAUAAACUCGUAGAUGAUAUAUCCAAGAAGACCAAAUGUGCGAUAUUACCGCAAAGUUCAACGACGGUUCGGCGAUUUAUUUCAGGCGCGCCUUAAACAGGUCAGACAGAAUUGUGCCAUUUCGAACUUCAGAGAUCGAUCGUGUCGAGCUCUAUGUGCAUCGUUUCAUUUAUAAUAUUUAUUUAAUUUUUUUUAUAUGUACAAUAACGUUAGCGUCGACGUAAAUUAUCGUAAGGAUAAUUUUGUAUUCCUGGGCUCCGCAACUCAACAGCUGGGAUUGGGAAUUAUUGUAAAUCUAUGAAGAGAGAAAAUGGAUGGAACAAGUAUAAAAGAGAGAGAGAGAGAGAGAGGGGGGGGGGCAGGGGAAGAGAGGGAUGCUAGCUAUUUUAUCCCCACCUCGAGAUCAUCGAGGGCUACGGGCCACGUGAUCGAGCAGCAGAAUUCGCGGCGUGUCCGCCGAAAAUCUAAAUCCGUCCGAGCCGGGGAAGAAGAAGAGACCCAUGAGUCUCUCGGGCUGCGCGACACGAAACAGCCGCCGCAAGAUAGUUCAUAAUCGUCCGUGGCUCGCGGCGGAUCGAUCGAGGGAUCGCGCGCGGGCGAGUGCGAGAUCCGCGCGGAAAUCUCCUCGUCUGCGCGAUUCACGCUUUCGCGAACGACAGAGGGUAGGAGGAAGAAAGAGAGAGAGAGAGAGAGAGAAAGAGAGAUAGGGAAGUGGAAAGGAAGUUUACUCCGCUCUCUUUUCUUCCUUCGCUCUCCGGGAAAACGAGAGAACGGCGGCGACGGGGCGGUCGAUUCGUCGUGAAAUCGCUCGAGGAACAUGAUCCGCGUAGACGAGUCGGAUCCAGUAGGAGAGAUCGAGCCCAGCUUCCCCUAUAGAGACGUGACGAUACGCCGAGGUGUCGAGUUCAAGGACGAUUAUGACAUCCAGUCGGAGCUCGGACGCGGAAAAUUUGGAAUUGUCUAUCGAUGCAAGGACAGAAAGAGCGGAUUGAUGCUCGCCGCGAAAGUGGUGAACGUCAUGAAGAAGGAGGACAGACGCGCCGUGCAGAGGGAGGUCGACAUUAUGCGACGCUUACAGCAUCCACGGUUGAUUCAGCUGUACGACGCCAUUGACGCGGGGAAACAGAUAUAUGUCGUUCUAGAAUUGAUCGACGGCGGCGAGCUCUUUGAGAGAGUGAUAGACGACGAUUUCGUACUGACAGAACGUAGCUGCGCCGUUUUCAUGCGGCAGAUAUGCGAGGGAAUAGAAUUCAUGCACGGUCAGAAGAUUCUGCAUCUCGAUCUAAAACCAGAGAAUAUCUUGUGCCUGACGAAAGAAGGUAAUAGAAUCAAAAUCAUCGAUUUUGGCCUGGCGAGGGAAUACGAUCCGAGUAAGAAGCUACAAGUGUUGUUCGGUACGCCUGAGUUUGUUGCCCCGGAAGUCGUAAACUUCGAUCAAAUCGGAUUCGGUACCGACGUGUGGAGUAUAGGCGUUAUUUGUUACGUAUUGUUGUCCGGUUUAUCACCAUUCAUGGGCGAUACGGACAUAGAGACAAUGGCGAAUGUCACUAUCGCGAAGUACGAUUUCGAUCACGAGGCCUUCGCCGAGAUCUCGGAAGACGCGAAAGAUUUCAUAAGAUGCCUUUUGGUGAAAGAUAAGGAAAAGCGAAUGACGGCGGCGCAAUGCCGGGAACACCGUUGGCUGGUCCGUAGGACGAAGCCCAAGAGCGAGAAGGACGUCGCGGCGGCCAAACGUACGGCCUUCAUCGAGAAUCGCCCGGUCGUCGUCGGCGUCGCCGACGUUAGCGGCAGGGAGGAGCUGGACGUGACCAAGGACAAUCUCAGACUGUUCGUCGAGCGCUGGCGGGAGCAUCCGGACAGCCCGUACACGAUCGACGCGUAUCACGCGUUGCCGUGGAAUCCGCUUCGCGAGCGCGACGAGUCCGUGUCCCUGCGGGCGCACAGUCCCUCCCCCUGCGACAGCCUACGCAGCAGCAGCACGCAGUCGGAGAGGGUGGACGCCGUUGCCUCGAGGGACAAUUCCGUCCACCUGCUGUCGGUGCCGAGUCUCAGCUUGUCCUUGGAGAGGAGGGCCUCCGAGGGCUACGCCGCGCGGAACCGCCGCGAUCCCGCGAGCCAGAUCGCCCUCGCCGAGGAGAUCAUCAAGCUGUCCGAGCACCUGCGCUCGAUCGCCAUGGGAUCGCGGGGAAUCAACGAGGAGAGUAACGUAGGCGCGGCGGAAACCCAGCGGUCUAUCGUCAGAAGGCCCGGCGACGUCGGAAGUAGUCGCGACAGUGCCCUCCCGAAGGGCAAUGUUAAAGUGACCGCGUCCCAAAACGCCGACAAGGAGACCAACGAGAUCACGGAGAAGCUGUCCAGUAUCGCCCGACAGCGGAAGCUCAACGGGACGACCUUUCACAGUAGCCGUAGUUUCGACAGGUGCAAUCUCGACACGAGUUUCGGUAACGUGUUCGUGGCCCUGAGAAGAACGAGCGACGGCGACGCGGCGGCGGCGGCGGCGGCGGCGGCGGCGACGUCCGAGAGACGCAGGGACUCUCGAAGGUACUCCCUCGAGCGGACGACGAUCACCGAGGCGCUCGAGGAGAAGUUCAACGGGAAGAGGCCCUCCGUCGGCGCGGAGGAGGUAGACCUGACGCCCCCGUGGCGGCGAUCGCGGGUGAAACGGUCCUUCGGCGAGACCAGCAGGGACGUGCCGCGGAUAUCGAACUUGCGGGACCUGCACAAGAAUCUCAAUCUGGACGAGCCGAGCAGCGCCAAGGACCUGCUGCUGCAUCUGUUGGGCGAGUGGGAGGAUGUCACCGCGGAGCCCUGCGGCACCGGCAGGAAGUCCGUAAGCCUGGACUGGUGCGCGGCCGACACGAUCGCCAGGAGGACGAUGAAUUCGUUGGCGGAAUACUUCCAGACGAGGCAACAGGAAGCGAAAUCCACUCCGAAAGUCACAGCGUCGUCCACCUCGUCGAUAUACCGUUGAACGAUACGCUUGUCGACUGCUCCCCCUCUCGCGGAAUUUGCAAGGAUGCGCAUUUGCGAACGAGCCGUCGUGGACAGAUCAGGAAAAAUGCGCGGCGUUAAUGAUCCUCUCUUCUUUUUGCGGGGCGUAAAGUUUAGUUUCGGAAACGUCUUAAAUGAAACAAACGCCUGGGGCAAUAAUAUAUGUAUUUGUCAAGUACACAUUUUGCAACUCUAAAUCCUUCUGUAUAAUCUUUAACUCUUAUUUAUGCUAGAGACCUAAAUUGUGCAUGAUUUCAUUUACUUGUAUUUUCAGCUCUUUAUUUGAUAAACUGCAAAGAUUAAUCUAUCAAGUCUGUGAAUAUCCUUGAUCUAAGUCGAGAGUUGAUUUUAUAAUCGUGAUGCAAUCCCUUUUUCUAUUUAUUUUAAUUUAUUUCUUAGGGACACUACAUGAUGAAUAUCCGUUCUUAUUUCUUAUUAGAAGUAUUACAUUUUUUAAAACCAGAAAAACGCAGUUUUUUAUAUUCAGAAGAAUGGAUAAUAAAGAGUAACUUUGAAUAUCUUAUAUAUAUAUAACGUCUGAUUAAACUUAUCGGCGUUUGCCUGAAUUUCCGAUUCACAUUAGUUUUUCGCAAAAAAAAACUAAUUUCUGUUUUUACAAUCAAAAAAUGAGACAGAUUCUUGUAAUUGCAUGACAUUUCAUAAAAUAAUUCGUACAUAAAACGUCACAAAAAUAAAAGAUCGUAGAAUUCUCUAUUAUUAAAUUUGAAAUGGAUAAAAUUCUUAUUGAUAUUUAAUACACGGAGAGUGAAAUGCGAAUAAUGGAGAUUUUGUGUAAAUAAAAGUAGUGCGUUUGACGGAAAGCUUAAAAAUUACUAAUAAAGUCUACGAUCGUACCUUUAUACAACAUUCUCGAGAGCUGUGUACCAUCGACACACCCUCCAAUAUUUUUAUCCAAUAUAAAGCAUCAAUAUAACUAUUAAUUUUCAUCAAGACACCUACUAUUUUGAAUCGAUUUGAUCCCUUGCAGCCUAAUAAAUCUGUCGUGAAAAGCUUUUAACAACAAGAAUGGCGCAAUUAUUCGCGUUGCAACUUCGAGAAAUCUUCCCCUGCAAACAAUUUUUAAGCGGCGUUCUAGAAGAAACUUUUAUGUUUAAUGUAUUGUUAUUUAUUAAUAUUAACAUUAAUUAUUCAGACGUAUUUUCGUGUGUAUUAUAUAGCAAUAUUAAUUUUUAGGGGGAUGAUAGAUUAAGUCUAGAUUUUUUAUUGAUUGUAUGUUGCACGAAAUUUGCAGGAGAACUGAUCGAGAUAAUACAAUCAUCCACGCACAUAUUUCUUGUUGAAUAGGCACUUGUUCACAUUUUAUAUCUAAUAUAAAUCACAGUACGCUACAGGAAAA